AUGGAUAGCGACACAGACAUUCACUUUCGAGAAUCUAGCCAUGACACGAAGUCAGAAACUGUGUCGUCGCGCAGGCUCGCAGACCUCCAAGUUCUCCCACUCCUUGUCCUCGGCUUCGCCACCUACCAACUCGACCGGACAAACAUCUCGAGCGCCCUAACAGGGGGAUUCGCUGACGACAUCCACGUCGACCAAAAUACCAUCAAUCUCGGGAACCAGCUGAUGUUUCUCGGUGUCAUCGUUCUCGAGAUUCCUUCUAACAUGCUUCUCCCCAUCUUCGGUCCCCGCCGCUGGAUAGGCAGCCAAGUCCUCGUAUUCGGCAUCAUCGCGGCACUACAAGUCUUCGUGCGUGAUCGAACGGGAUUUUUAGUCACGCGCGCUGUGCUUGGUCUUGCGGAGGCCGGGUAUAUCCCCGCUGCGAUGUAUACUUUGUCGACGUGGUAUUCGAAAGAACAGAUCACGACGCGCAUCGCGAUCUUCUUCUUUGGGAUGUUUGGUGGGACGGCCGUGUCGCCGUUGUUGGGGGCCGCGUUGCUAAGGUUGGAUGGGAGGGGUGGGCUGGCGGGGUGGCAGUGGCUGUUUUUAGUUGAGGGGGUAUGGUCGAUGAUAGUGGCAAUAUUGCUGCUGCUGUUUCUCCCUGAAAGAGACGAAGAUGCUGAGGAAGCAACAGCGACCAGCUUAACAGAAAGCGACGACGAAACGCCCACCGAUACGAAAACAAACCCCCCUAGAAACCACACCACCAUCCCCCUCAAAACAGUAUGGAAAACCCUAACCAACACCCACAAAUGGGCCCACUUCAUCGCAACAGCCUGUGUCUUCGCAACAUGGAGCCCCCUCACGACCUACACCCCCAGCAUCAUUAUGUCACUCGGCUUCCCACGCAGCCAGUCCAACGCCCUAGCAGCAGUAGGAAGCUUCCUCACCCUCCCCGUCAUUCUCUUCUUUGCCUGGCUCAGCGAUAAGACGAAACAACGCGGUAUCGUCGUCAUGCUCGCCAUGGUGUGCUAUCUUGUGGCGCUCGUCGUGCUGAAAGCACUGCUCCAUGCGCCUGUCGGCAAGUGGGGGAUGUUUGCCCUGUGGACGACUGUUAAUGGCCUUGCUGUGGGGUAUCAUCCUAUUCACAAUGCGUGGAUUCAGAUUAAUUGUCAUUGUAGGGCGGAGAGGAGUGUUAGUGUCGCAAUGUUCGUUAUGACGGCUACAGGUGGCCUCAUGGCAGGCACGCAGAUCUUUCGUGGUGAUGAAGCUUCCACACUUUAUCCUAGAGGAGUGCUCAUAAUGAUCGCAUUGGUCCUAGUUGGGCUGGUCCUGACGGGCGUGCAGGUCUUGGUUUAUAUGCUUUCUAAUCGUCGGAGCAUGAAGCUGAGUAUGGGCAAGAUGUAUACAUUAUAG